CUGGAGAAUGAAGUAAUUACUACAGAAAAGGGAAGACGAAUUUUAGCAGCUGGGUCGGUUCCAUCAUUAUUUGAGUGGAACAAAUACAGCAGGAAGACACGAGCAGGUGUUUGGGAGCGCCGUUGUCGACCAUCUAAUCCAGAACCUGAUUCGGCGGAUCCAAUUGAGGACAAUGAACCACCCGUCAUGGUACCUAUGGUCGUGGACCAUGACUACGGCGCCAGCAGAACCGUGUGUGUUGACCGGGAGCAAUAUCACAGCAUGCUGAGAGAAAUUGAGCAACUGAAAGAGCAGCUCCGAUCCUGUAGUCUUCAAAAGCCGUUUGGACUGGAACGUUUUUCUACGUCACCAGAAGACAUCAGAUUUUACACCAGGUUCCCCUCAUAUGAGCAUCUGAAGGCGUUUUGGAACUUGAUCGAGGCAGCAACAGCCAAAAUGGUCAGGGUCACCAGAGCAAAGAAAACCGACGUCAUGAGUACAACAACUGAAACCCCUUUUACCAGACCAACUAAACUGCUGCCAAUAGAUGAGCUUUUUCUUUUCCUCUCCUACCUGUCUACUGGAUGUACCCAGAGGGAACUGGGCCAUCGAUUUAACAUCCACAGAGCAACAGUCAGCCGCAUUAUUGUGACAUGGGCCAACUUCCUGUACUGCUUAUUGGGCUCAAUUUGUGUGUGGAUGUCUCCUGCAGCUGUGAGUUCCAGUCUUCCACAGGAUUUUGAUGGCCGCUACAGUGACACACAAGUUAUCCUGGACUGUACAGAACUACGGUGUCAAACACCUUCAUCCCUGCUCCUCCAGAGUGAAGUCUUCUCCACCUACAAAUCCCACUGUACCUUUAAGGCCAUGGUGGGCAUGUCUCCUCACGGAGCCCUGACAUUUGUGUCAGCACUGUUUGAGGGUUCCAUGAGUGACAAGGAAGUGUUCCGUCAAUCAGGGAUUACAUCACUCUUGACACUGGACAUGGCCAUCAUGGUGGACAAGGGAUUCUUGGUGGAUGAUCUCGUACCUGGGACUGUUCAUCGUCCUGCCUUCCUCUCCAAGAGGGCCCAAAUGUCAGAGGUCGACGUUUUGAAGACCCAGUCCAUUGCCCGUUUGAGGGUGCAUGUUGAGAGGUUAAUAAGAAGAGUUAAAGAAAAUAAACUCUUUGAUUCCACUAUCCCUCUCUCCAUUGCAGGAAGCAUAAACCAAAUUUUUACAGUUGCCUGUCUCCUGUCAAAUUACCAAAAUGGACCUUUGGUCAGGAAAUGGAGAUAUGAAGUUUGACAGAAAAGCUGAUGGCACAGUCUUGAAGAAACAG